UACUUUCUCCGUACCAAACCCUAGCAGACGUCACCCAAAUGUUUAUAGACGCCGUCAAAACGACCGUUAUCUACGCCACUAUAUAAGACCUCUACAUCCACGCCAUUCUUUUCGUCCCCAUUUCUCAGAUCUGCCCAAGACGUCCGGUCUUUGCUGUCUGAGAUAAAAAGAUGGGGCUGUCUUUCACCAAGCUAUUCAGCCGGCUUUUUGCCAAGAAGGAGAUGCGGAUUCUUAUGGUGGGUCUUGAUGCUGCUGGUAAGACCACCAUCUUGUACAAGCUCAAGCUGGGAGAGAUCGUAACCACCAUUCCAACCAUUGGUUUCAAUGUGGAGACCGUGGAAUAUAAGAACAUUAGCUUCACCGUUUGGGAUGUUGGUGGCCAGGACAAGAUUCGACCUUUGUGGAGACAUUACUUCCAAAACACUCAGGGUCUUAUUUUUGUGGUUGAUAGCAAUGAUCGUGACCGUGUGGUUGAGGCUAGGGAUGAGCUGCACCGGAUGUUGAAUGAGGAUGAAUUGAGGGAUGCUGUGCUGCUUGUAUUUGCAAACAAGCAAGAUCUUCCAAAUGCUAUGAAUGCUGCUGAGAUUACCGAUAAGCUUGGUCUUCACUCCCUCCGCCAACGCCACUGGUAUAUCCAGAGCACAUGUGCGACUUCUGGGGAAGGUCUCUAUGAGGGACUAGACUGGCUUUCCAACAAUAUUGCCAACAAGGCUUAAGAGAUCCUUAAAUAUUCAGCAACUUUUUGGGCUGCAAUCUCUGUCAAAGGGGAUGUUACCCGUGUUGUUUGGCGUUCAUGCGUUUUGACUUGUUCCUUUCCUGAAAAUGUAUCCGUUUGUUUAGGUCUUUCUUACUACAAUAUGAUAGGCAUCGGUAUUUGGCAUUGUAGAUUCUAAAUAAUUCUUGACUCACAAUUUAUACAUGAUCUUUUUGCAAUUGGUUCCCUUCA